AGAACUAUGUGAGUCGUUGCCUUAUUUAGGCAACAACAGUGGUGAAGGCUUUGUCAAAGAUCUGAUUACGGCUCCUUCUGGUUUUGUUGCUGAUGGUGAAUCAAACACAUCUCAAAGGUUGUGUUCGGUGUUGCUGAAUGAAUUUAACUAUUUACCUUGGUCAAGAGCUGUUACAAUUGCUCUUGGUGGAAGAUCCAAGUUAGGAUUCAUCAAUGGAAAGGAGAAGGCUCCUGUUUUUGAUUCACCCGAAUAUGAGAUUUGGUUAUCAAAGGACCAGCUUGUCAUGUCUUGGAUUCUUAAUUCCAUGGAGCGCAAUAUAGCUGAGAUUUUCAGUUAUUCUGAAUCUUCUCUAGAUCUCUGGGAAGCCCUUCGAGACAUGUAUGGAAAUCAGAACAAUUCGGCACGAAUUUUUCAAAUUCAACAAGAAGUUAAUGCUCUUCGACAAGAUGGAAGGCCAUUCGUGAGUUUGCUUGGCAAUUUUAAGAGUCUGUGGAGCGAAUUGGAGGUCUACAGGCCUCAUACUGUUGAUCCAGUUGUUCUAAAGAAAAGAACAGAAGAAGACAGAGUUUUUCAGGUGCUGGCCAGUCUCGGUUCGGAGUUUGAGGAUCUCAGAUGUCAUAUUCUAAUGAGUCCAGAAUUGCCCUCCUUGAAGAGUGUCUGUUCAACUAUUCAACGUGAAGAAGUCCGUAGAAAGGUGAUGAUUCGUGAAACUGUGACUAAUUCCUCAGACACACGAGCCUACAUUGCUCAUAAAAAUUAUGAAGGUAAAUCCAUCAAAGGAAAACGAUUGGAUCUUAAGUGUGAACACUGUAAUGCACCUGGGCAUACAUCAGAUCGUUGUUGGGUUCUCCAUCCAGAACUCAAACCAAAAUUCACAAAGGACAAGAGGGGUGGUGAUCACAAACGUGGUUUCAACCACAAGGCUAAUGUUGCAGCUCAAACAACUGAUUCUUUUUUUUCUAAUCCCAUGGCACUCUUGAAGGAUUUUACAACCUAUCUACAAGAGAAACGCGGUCAGGAAUCUCUCAAUGAGGCUGCUGGUCAGGAUCAAGACAAGCCGACAGCACUGUUGUCUAAAUUUGCUGGAUUUCUUGUUGAUUCCAAUCCAGAAAACAGCCAAGGACCGUAUUACAAAGAAGACGAUUGGUGAGGGUUUUCAGUUACAUGGGCUUUUCUAUUUUUCCUCUGAUGAUCGACUUUGCAAGGGUUUCCAAGCUUCUUUUUCUUCUACAAAUAAACAUUCAUUAUGGCAUCAACGUCUAGGCCAUCCUUCCGAGUCAGUCUUUAACAAAAUUCAUCCUAGUCUUCCAAAGGGAACUGAUGGCUGUGAUAUUUGUCAUUAUUCAAAGUCUACAAGACUUCCUUUCAAUUUAUCUUUGUCUAAAUCAUCUGAGAUGUUUGAGCUUGUUCACUCAGAUGUGUGGGGACUUUUUCUUUGUCUAU